AUGACCACUGCAACCUUACCCACGCUUCCAAUGGAAAUAAUAGAAAACAUCCUUUUUUACCUAAUGGAUGACGAUGACACUCUCGAUUACUUACAAACUGUACCAGAAUUAACAUCCAUGUUGUUGAACUAUCGAAGGCCAACUGUGAAGGUGACUAAAACAUGGACCUGGCUGCACCCUGGGGGGGAACUUUUCAUUGAGGAUUUUCAUCAUCAACAGUCUCACUUGAAUUACAGGCCCAAGUUGAUAGAAUCGGAUUUCAUAUCUGUAUGUCAAUUAUUAGACCUGGGUGUGGAUUUGAAAGGGAUCAAAUUCAAAAUUGAGGCGUUGCCGUACAACACCACAGAACAGAUGCAAAGAGUUCUUGACAAUGUCGAAGUGUAUGACUUAAGCAUUGAUAGGACAGUUGAGUUGAAGUCUCAAGUGAAUCAUUUGACAGCAUUCAAAUGGACGAAGGCUUUCCCUUCUGAUCUUGACUCAUUGAAAAUUGAUCACUAUCUUCCAAUGGCAAUGUAUCCAAUACCACCAACAUUGGUCAAAUUGGGACUUUUUGACGCUCAAGUAAACAAUUAUGUGUUACCGAUAUCCGUAACCGAGUUAGAAAUUUGUGAAACACAGAAUUUGCAUUCGCUGAUGGAUUUCACGUAUUUGUGUAAUCUUAAUCUGUUUAAGUUCAAGAGCAACGUGGAGAGGGGAUACAUGAAACAUUUACUGGAUAUACAAUUGCCGCAAACUAUUGAAAAGUUGGCGUUGAAUUGUACAAAAAUGGUGUCUUUGAAUGGGAUAGAAGCGUAUGCCAAACUUUGUGAAUUGACAGUAAUUGAUUGUCCGGAUUUGAUAUUAUUCUUUACACCAGAAUUUCCCCCUUCAUUGACUUUACUUGAAUUCAGCUUUAAAUGUUGUCAACAAAGGUUAUUCAACAGAAACCGAGUUGUUUUCCAAAUUCCUGGAAGAAGUCCAUUUGGCGAGGUCAAAUUCAUGUACGCUAAUGGUGGAUUUGUGCUUGUGGUUGAGCAUGAGUUCAAGCCACCGCCACUGUUGAAGACGUUGAUAUUAAGAAAUCAUAAGGAAAUUUACUUUGGACCCAAGCUAAAUUUACCAAACUUACAAACAUUGGUGUUGGAAAAGAUCUUUAAACUCAAUUGUGGUAGACUCUUUUCCGGGUUGUCUGUGUGCGAUAAGUUGAAUCGAUUGACAUUAACAGACUCUUCUAUUGACUGCAUUGAUGAUGUCAAGUUCCCCAAAAAUUUGUAUAAACUUGAUUUGUCAGGUAACCUUUUGAGUUCAAUUCGAAACACCAAUCUUUAUCAAGCAAAAAAUCUACGAGUGAUGGAAUUAGGUCGUAAUCGCUUCACGGGUACCAAUAACAUUGACAUUCCCAAAAACUUGCAACGUCUCAAUUUAUAUGACAACGAACUACGCUUGUGUCAUUUACAAGGAACCAACUUGACAAAGAUUGACAUUGCACUCUCAGCAGGAGUCGAGUUCAAUUGGGAAAUGUUCCCCACAACCUUGAUGUACGUUACAAUGUUGGUCAACGGUCAUUACCUUAAACAAAUGCCAAAUACUUUUCAAAGUUUGAGAAAACUCUUUAUUCAGUCAUGGUAUCAACCUAUUCGGAUCCAGAAUCUUAACUUUGCUGAGUUCCCCAAUUUGUAUUAUUUGGAUUUGUGCUCAGUUCAACCGCAGGAGUCCAACGAUAUUCAGUUACCCCAAUCAAUUGUUAAUUUUCUUCUUCGAUGUACAACUGGCACUGUUUGCCAAUGGCCAGAUUUGAGGUCGUAUGAUCGUUUGAAAACACUUACGUUUGAAACGGUUGAUUUUGACGAUGUAGAUUUGGACAAGUUACCACCAGGUUUGGAAGAGUUGAAGAUGACAAGUUUCAAUGACAGCCCUGUUCGUGGAUCCGUUGAGCACCUUCUUAACUUCAGAGUUCUAGACCUUCCCCAUGGUCUAACCAAAGGGUUGCCACCAUUUUUGAUUACUCUGCCCAAGUCAUUGACUGUUUUGAAAAUGGAUUACAAUAACCUUGCUCCCAAUUGUGCUGAUUAUAUCAAUUGUCCCAACUUGCAAUUGCUCUCGGUAUACAGAAAUAGUUUGCGGCACCUGUAUGCCGGGAGAGAAAGUCUCUUGAAAUUCAUACCUGAAAUGAUUGCAAAAUGCCCCAAGUUGCGUAGAGUGUUUGUGAGCGAUGAAGAUGUUGAGGAUUUUGCUUUUGAGCAGUUUCGUGAUAUCAUCAAACCACUACUAGGUUACAUCACUCAUCCUGAACGCUGGCCACGAUGA